AUGGUUGUGGUUGCUGGUGGUAUCCUCUACUUUGCUAGUUGGAAAGAAGGAAUGGGAAACAGUAAUGCUUUCAAAAGGGUUCUACAGGAAGAUAGUGACGCUGCCCCUGAGGGACUAUCCGUGGAUGUUUCUUUCGAAGAUAUUCUCAAGACAGUGAUCUUUCUAAUGACGAGUUGGAUGAUGGCCGUCGCAAGUCAGCUGGUUGGAUUGCCAUCUCUGGUGGGAGAAAUUGUCACAGGCUUCAUCCUGGGUCCACCUUUGCUAGACUUUGUAGCAUAUCCAGAGGCCAUGGUACUUAUUGGAAGUUUUGGACUGAUUGGGCUGCUCUUGGACAGUGGAAUCAACUUGGAUAUUGCGCAGUUGAGGCAAACCGGCUCCCGCGCUGUACUCAUGGCCGUCACGGGUACCAUCCUAGCCCUCGCCGUUGGCUUGGGAAUGGGACAUGCAGCAAACUCGGGAGACUUUCGAUCCAGCUUUGCCGUGGGGGCAGCGUUUGCCCCUUCUUCUUUUGGUGUCGCCAGCCAAGUUCUGUCGCAAGGAGAGAUCCUCAAUACCCCCAUGGGGCAGGUCAUCGUAGCUGCCAGUGUUUUCGAUGAUAUUCUCGGCUUGAUUCUGCUUUCUAUCAUGGAGGUCUUGGUCAAAGACUCACCAAAGCUCGUUGAAUACUUGGUGCCAUUCCUGUCGUCAUUUGGAUACCUACUUGUUCUGGGACUUGUAGGGGUUACAGUGUUUCCCAAGUUUGUGGAGCACAAGAUACUGCCCAGAUUUCGGGAGGAUACGCGAGACUUUGUUGCCUUUUCUCUCCUAUUCAUUCUCCUUUCUUUCUACCUUCCACUCUUGCACUACUCUGGCGCAAGUUACCUUACUGGAGCUUUCUUGGCAGGGCUCAGCUUCUCACAAAUCAACUCGGUGCAUGCUCGCUACCUUCGAAGUGCACCCCAUCUAAAGAUCUGGCUUAUGAGGAUCUUCUUUGCCGCCACCAUUGGUUUCCAAGUGCCCAUUCAAUACUUCACGGAUGGAAAUGUGCUCAAUUGGGGUUUUCUAUACAUCCUUCCUGUACUGGCCAAGAUCCCGUUGGGCCUUCUCGUGCCUCGGUUCUCACGAGAGCUCCCAGAAGACUUCCCUUAUGAUCCGUACUGGCGAGACGUAUUAAUCACAACGUUGGCCAUGCUGUGCAGGGGCGAAUUCAAUUUCAUUGUAGCUUCCUUUGCGCUGAGUGCCGGAGUGUUGGAUCCAGAGCAAUAUGCCGCAGUAGUCUUUGCAAUCUUGUUGAGCGCCAUUGUUGCACCUCUGGCCCUUUCGAAAACUAUUCGGUACUACAAUGGCAAAUUCAAGGCAUUCCUCCAAAGCAAACACAAGCUGAAUCGAAUAGACAACACGAGCGACGGGAAUCGGCCUCUGUUUCUCGCCAUCCAGGCCCGGACGCCCGUUGCCUGGUGCCUCCAAGAGAAAUUCACGGAAGCUCUCGAAUCGGUCGGUCUCAUCAUUAUCGACCAUAGAUCUUGGCAUACCCUUGGCACUGAAGCAGUGGUCAUUACGGAAAUCUUUUGUCAAGACAAGCUCGCCCGCGUCCGCAUACGACAAGCCUUCAAACGAAGCAAGAGCGCAUCCGUGUUGACACAUGCCAGCACUCCUGAAGACAGUCCCAAGCCAAACUAUAGCCGGAGGACGAUCUCGACAAUCAAGGAGAGUCCUAGUCGCGAACUCUUGGCUACAAUGCAGGACCUGGAAGAAGCAGAGGAGGUUCGAAAAGAAGAGGAUGAGAUAUCCCUUCGAAAGCAGAUCGUCCGAGAUGCUUUGAUAGAUUGUCUAGGUCGAGACGUUGACAAAUCCUCCUACGCCAUUGUCGUCUCGCAAUGGGACACUUUUGUCUUUGACGACGAAGCGGCAAGGAGUGUAGGCGAUAGCGACGACGAUGCUGGGCUCGACCGAUCGAGGCAUGCCGGAUACCGUUUUGUUACUCCCGCGCCAUCCAUGAAGGAACCAACGCAAACAGAUGAUGGUGAUGGAAAUGCAGACGAUCAACCACCAAUCAUUCCUAGCUUGGAUAUCGAGUCGCAAAAGCAAGACGCUGCGUCACAAGAACACGGUGCUUCUUCCAGUAACCCUCGUGCUCCAAAACCGCGACGAAUGGCUUCCGUCGGCACCUAUUCCGACUUGGGCAGUGCCAUCACGACGGAAGAUCCCAAGCUGGACCUUGACCUUUGGGAUAUCGACCAAGAAUCUCAUCAGGUUGUGACCGAAGGAUAUUUCAUGGCGCCCAUUGACGACACGGGAACGCAAAGUGUGGUGGAAGGUUGCGGGAGAGCUGAUGAAGGUCGUCACCAUCGUAGGACAGCCAGCGAAGACAGCUUUGUCCUCCGAGUUAGGAGGACUCACCAUGGGCGGACAAACAGCGAAGAUACGUUUGUUCUGGAUGAAUCCACUCUAAACGAGUUCGAUCGUGAAGUGGAGGCCGCCAUCAUCAAGGACCGGUUGCGUGGGUACAUCCGAUAG